AUGACGUCAAAAAAACCGUCUCGGCCAAUCAGAGAAGAGAAGAGCGCGGCGUUUCGUCCACCGACCGGAGCUUCUUCCCGCGAGGCGCACAGCGUGCAUCGCAUCAUCGCUACAGAGCGCGUCGCGCACGGGGGCGACGGACGGACCGACGCCGCGAGCGCGCGCGCAGUCGACGAGCGGCGGCGUUGGAAACGCCGCGGGCGGGCGCGCGGGAGGCGAAGCGACGAGCGGAGGGAGGGAAGCGCCGCUGCCGCCGUGCGGAUCGAUCGGAUUCGAUCGAUUCAACACUUACAUCGUCGUCGUCUCGCGCCGCGCGGGCGUUCACUCACGAUGACCCCCGACGAGGCGCUGUCGCUCCGCGCGCCCACGGACGGCUUCCUGUGCCCGCUCAGCGCGAACGUGUACGGCAUCGACUUCCUCGAGUUCGAGAUCAAAGACUACGACAGCGGCGAGAGCGUGUUUCACGUCAAGAAGGACGGCGACGCGGGCCUUCCCGAGCUUCCGGACGACAUCGACCCGGAGGUGGAGCGCGCGAUCCGCACGGUUCGGUACACGUUCCCGGAGAAGUUUCUGCGGUUCGAGACGGUGCGGACCGCGCUCGUGUUCGGCGUCGGGGAGACGCCCGUGCCGGACUUCCGCAUGAUCGAGCGGCACUACUUCCGCGACGAGCUCGUGCGGUCGUACGAUUUCAACUUUGGAUUCUGCAUACCGAACAGCGUGAACAGCUGGGAAGCCAUCUACGAGGUGCCCGGCCUGGAGGACGAGAGGAUCGCGGAGUUCGUGGAUCACCCGUUCGACAUGAAGAGCGACUCGUUUUACUUCGUCGGCGACGAGCUCGUGAUGCACAACAAGGCGGAGUACCAGUAUCAAGGGUAGUACGAGGGCGACGAUGAUUCGUUCGACGGAUGCAAACGUCGCGCGGAACGAACGAGCGAGCGAGCGAUGUUUCAAAUACAGCUUAGAACACGUAGAG